AUGGAACUUGGAAGAGCAGAAGAGGAGUUUCGGGUUACUGGUGUGACAGAUUCUCCUGACUGUAGUCAGGGACAUUUUGAGGAUGAGGGUGUUACUCCAGCAGAUGUUUUGUUACAGCUGACAACAGCUUGGCGUAGCGAAAGGUGUGCUCCAGUGCUCUUGCCACAUAGGUACGAUUUAGUGGAUUGUAUGAUGGAUCAGAUCAGUGGUAUGCAGGAAAAUUUGCGAAAUGAUAAAUCGAAGUUUUCACUGAAGCACGCUGUUCACAAGAUGGAGCUGUACCGAACUGCGUUUCUGGUGAAUGACUAUGUUAGAGAGAGGUUAAAGAAGAUUGAAAGCAAUCCGAGAAGGUGGCUCCUUGAAGACGAGUUGAGAAAAAGGGAUGGGGAAACUGAACUUUUAGAUUCGCGCGAGAUUUGUUUUGCUCAACGGUUUUUCCACGCAGCAGGGUCCAUGAUGCGUAGUUGUUUUUUGGACGAGUUACCUCUUGCUGUAAAAGCAAUUCCUCUUCCGGAGGAUGAUGGUUCUUUAAAAUCGGUAUUUGUUGAGGUGAAAGCAGAUGGCGCAGGUGAGGUUUCCGUCCCAACGCUGCUUGAUCCCCUUGCAGAAAACCUUGUGAAUUUGGAACGCAAUGUCGUUUACUUAUUACCUUACAAAAAACCACGCACUAGAGCAGAAGCUGCUCGAAGUGGUUACUCAGCACAGAAUAAGCAUCUAACCGCUGAACCCACUCACACGUCGUAUGCACGUGGCACACAGAAGGUUCCAAGGUCGUGGGAACUCACCGACCAACCCCGUGACUGGCGCAACGAAGACAUACGAGCUUGUCCAGCUUCGUUACGUAAUCCUAAUCCAUCUCCCAGUUGCAUUUCAGCAGCAAGAAUAGUGGUUUACUCCACGACGAGCCCCGUCAAACAAAAUUUUACGGACUAUUCUACUUACGGGGUCUUCGCAACUGCACUGCUCCCAGCAUCCUCCAAAACAUACAUGAAGGUCCCACAGCGAAUGUCAGUUUCAAAGCGUAAUGGAGAGCAAGCUGGAUUAAAGUAG